AUGGAUAUAUUUUCUCUAGCUUCUAAUUUACAACAGAUUGCUAUAGGAGGAGUUAAUUACGUAAAUAAUAAACUACUUAAGAAAUCUUUAAACUAUGAAACAAAUUAUAUUACUUAUAUUGUUAUAGGAGAAAAUGAAAAGACACCUUAUGAUAUUAAUAUGUUUUUUUUGCCAUUCGAAUUAAGUACAAAAUUAAGAUUUAAAGAUUUUAAAAAAUAUUUUCCUUUUAAAGGAAAUAUUAUAUUUCGAUUUAAAAUUGCUUUAUGUGAUAUGAUUAAUGUAAUAAAUGAAGGGAUAAUAAAUAAUAGUCCAUUAUUAUUAAGGGAGAAAAAUAUUCACCAUAAUAUCCCUCAUAAUAAUAAUAUUAUAUCAGAUGAAAAUGAAAUAAAAAAUAUAUUAAAACAGGAUAAUUUUAACUACGUUUGGAUAGAUAUAACUAAUGAUGAAGCUUUUAUUCCAACUUUUAACGGAUCUGUAAUAGUAAAGGUUUUAUUUGUUAAUCAUGAAAAUUAUAAAGAAUAUAAUAAUAUAUAUUUUAAAAAUUAUAAUUAUUCACAUAAGACAUACCACAUAAAUGAAUCACAUUUAUGUUCAUAUAUUCCUCUCAAAUAUGAGAACAAAAUAAAAAAGAAUAGUAGUACCGAUGAUAAUAUUUAUAAUGAUGAUAUAUUAAUACAUAAUAAACGAAAUCAUUGUGAAACGAUUAAAAGGUCAUACGAUCAUGAUAAUUUAGUUAAUUUUAGUUAUACAAAUAGUUCUGAUGAGUUUCAGAGAGUAAACAGUGAUGAACAUUGCAAGAAGGGGAGUGAUAAAAAUUUAAAUUUACAACAAAAUGAUUUACAUAAAAGUAAUAAUUAUUAUCAAAAUGGUGUCUACACAUAUAAUAAAUAUGCAUCGAAUGAGCAUAUAAAUAUAAGUAAUAAUGUCAACAACAAUAAUAAUAAUAAUAAUAAUAAUAAAUUAUACGACGAACAAAAUACAAAACAAGAGGAUAAUUCAAAAGAAUAUAAUUAUCAAUAUAAUUAUAAUAAUUCAAAUAUAUAUAAUUAUCAUGAUAGUCAUCAAGUUUUAGAAAGAAGAAGUAAUAGUGAUAAUUUAAAUACAUUACAUGAAGAAAAUAAAAUAAUAAAUAAUUCCCAAAGUAAUUAUAUACCAUCCAUACAUAUCUCAUCAUUAAACUGUAAUGAAAUAGAUCCACACAAUAAAUAUAUAUCAACAAAAGGAGCAAUCCAUAAUUCAAGGUCUAAUUUGUUAACAAACCAAACAAAGAAUAUCCAAAAUGAUUUUAACAAUAAAACACAAAUGUUUAAAGAAAACGAAAACAUAACAAAUAAAAUUAACAACAGAUUACAAGAAUUAAAAGAAUAUAGAGAUCACGAACAAGCCAAAUUUAAAGAAAAAGUUGUCAUAAAUAAUCAAAUUAAAAAACAAAUAAAUAAGUGGUGUAAAAAUUCAGAUAACACAUAUAAAGAUAUUAAAGUGUUGUUAACAACAUUAAAUGAAGUAUUAUGGAAAAAUGCACAAUGGAAAAAUGUAUAUAUGGCUGAUUUAAUAUCAAAUCCAAAUGUAGUUAAAAGUGCUUAUAAAAAUGCAAUAUUAUUAUGCCACCCUGAUAAAAAUAGAAAUACAACUACCGAGCAGGAGUUAAGAGCAGAAAUGAUUUUCCAAGCCUUAAAUAACUCCUAUAAGGAUAAAAGGAAUUUAUAA